AUGUGCUGCUCUGGUGCUGGGCUAAGGCUGCGGCUUAGGCUUGUUGCUGGCGCUGUUUGCUUUUACCUGGACCUGGGCCGUGCUUGUGCUGGUGUUGGUGCUGGUGUUGGUGGUGGUGCUGGUGCUUUGGCUAGUGCAGGUGUUGGUACUUGUGCUGGAGCCGGUGCUUGUGCUGGUGCUGUUUCUGGUGCUAGUGCUAGUACUGGUCAUGUUGCUGGUGCCUGUACUGUUGCUGCUUCAGGUGCUGGUGUUGGUGCUGGCGUUUGUGCCUAUCCUAGUGCUGGUGUUGGUGGUGAUGGUGGUGAUGGUGGUGCUGGUUCUGCUGGUGGUACUUGUGCUGUACCCAAAGCUUGUGCCUGUCCUUGUGUUGGUGCUUGUGCUGGCGCUUGUGCUGGUGCUUGUACUAGUGCUGCAGCUAGUGCUUGUUCUGCUGCUGGUAUUGGACCGGGUGCUUGUGCUGGUGGUGGUGUUUGUGCUGUUGUUGGUGCAUGUUCUGUUGCUUAUACUACUGCUGGUGGCUGUGCUGGACCCUGUGCUUGUGCUGGUGCAGGAGCAGGUGCUGGAGCUGGUGAUGAUAUAUUUAGUGUCACUGGGAGUUUCUACGCAAAAACAGGGCUUAGUACGAGACUACAGGAAAUUCCCCACACUGCUGCUGGUUGUGGUGAUGGUGCUAGUGCUGGAGCUGGUUCAGGUACGGUUGCUGGUACCUGUGCUGGUACUGGUGUUAGUGCUGGUGGUAGUGUUUGUGCUGUUGCUGGUGCUGUAGCCUGUGCUGUUGCCUAUAAUAGUUCUUGUGUUUGUGCUGGACCCUGUGCUUGUGCUUGUGAUGGUGCUGGUGAUGAGGCUGGUGCUGGGGCUGGUGCUGGGGCUGGUGCUGGCGCUUUUGCCUGUCCUGUUUCUCGUGCUGGUGCUGGUGCUGGUUGUGGUGCUGGUGCUGGUGCUGAUACUUGUGCUUCACCCAGUUCUUGUGCUGGUGUUGGUGCUGGUGCUGGUGCCUGUGUUGCUGGGGCUGCUGCUGGUGCUGCUGCUGGUGCUGGUGCUCGUGCUGGUGUUGGUGUUGGUGCUGAUGCUGGUGCUUGUGCUGGUGCUUGUGCUUCAUCAAGUUCUUGUGCUGGUGCUGGUGCUGGUGCUGGUGCUAGUGCUAGUUCUGGUGCUGAUGGUGGUGCUGGUGCUAGUGCUGGUGCUAGUUCUGGUGCUGGUGCUGGUGCUGGUCCUGGUCCUGGUCCUGGUCCUGGUGCUGCUGCUGGUGCUGGUCCUGGUGCUGGAGCUGGGACUGGUGCCGGUGCCUGUGCGGUUGAUUUUACUGAUGGUGGCAAUUGUGACUGUCCUGGUGCUUAG